UUCGGUUCCAUCAGUUAGUAAGAAAGUAAGGUCAAGUUUCAAUUUUGUAGUUUGUCGCCUAAAUCAAAAACAAAAUGUCAUCGCAUAAAGUGAAUAAACGUGUUGGUUCAGUUAUGAGUCGUCCGCAUCAGAAAGCUGGACUUGAGGAUGCAGAGAAAAAUACCGAUCCACAAAAUCAGGAAAUUCUUUUAGCGUUUACCCUCACUGGAUUGAAUAGAUCGGAUUUCUUCUCGCAAUUUUUUCCACUUCAUCGACAAAUCGCCUCGCGACUCAUCGAUUAUUUGAUAUCCAUCGACUCCGUUGAUAAACUAUUGCAAAUUUCUUCGUAUGGUCGUGACUUUAUCAAUCCGAACUUGUUUAAUUAUUGUUUUGGCAUGGCGGUUCUCAACCGAAAAGAUACCGCUGAUUUGUUGCUACUGAGUCCCGCGGAAACGUUUCCGGAUAAGUUUUUCCCUGCUGAGGUAUUCCAGCAUGCAAUCGAAGAGUUGACGGUUGUUCCAGAGGGCUCGAGGAAACCAAUUUUGAUCGAUAUACCAAAAAUGGCCACUGACAAAUACGCUGAAGUACGAUUGGAAUACUUUCGACAUGAUCUUGGUUUGAAUGUUUGCUAUGAUUUCUGGCAUUUGACUCAUCCAUUCGAAGCGGUGAAGAGGGAAAUCGUGGAUUUGGACCGUCGCGGAGAGCUAUGGUAUUAUUUCCAUCAGCAAAUAAUUGCGCGAUAUAAUGCUGAACGCUAUUGCAAUGGUUUGCUUCCGGUUGUGCCGUUAUCCAAUUUCGAUGAACCGAUUGAAGAGGGCUAUUUUCCUAAGAUAUGCACCCAAUAUCUGCUACACUCAUGGGCGCCACGUUUUGAUAACAGUAAAAUACGUGAUUUGCAUCGUCCAUACGAAGGACUUGUCGUCAAUAAAACGAAAUUUCAACGAUGGAUCGAUCGAAUUUGCAACGCAAUUGAAUUGGGCAACAUUUUAGACGACAAAGGUGCCCAAAUCCCAUUGAACAACGAUAAAGGUGUUGAUCAUAUCGGCAACAUAUUACAGUCAUCUGUACUGUCACCGAAUCGAACAUACUACGGCGAUAUUUGUAACAUUGGCCAUGCUUUCAUCGCUUAUUGUCAUGACCCGGAAAAUAUGGCAUUGCAAGCGUACAGUGUAAUGGGCGAGCCUUCAACAUGUACACGUGACGUGCUCUUCUAUCGCUGGUAUGCCUUCCUUGUGCGAAUUGUUCAAAAUCAUAAAUCCCAAUUGCCAGCAUACACAAAAAAUCAGCUUGGUUUUGAUGGCAUCAAAAUAUCUUCAAUAUCCAUUGAAAAUGGUAAAGGUGGCAAGCAGAACCAAAUAAAUACCAGUUGGGAUGAGAGUGACUUCAAUCUUAAAAAUGGUUUGAGUUUUCAACCUGACGGUGAUAUUUUUGUAAGAUGUGUACACUUGGCACAUGAAGAUUUUCAAUAUGUAUUCGACAUAGAGAACAACAGUUCAUCGCAACAAACGGGAACGGUUCGCAUUUUUUUGAGCCAAAAGAAUAAUGUUCGCGAUAGAGAACUCACAUUCGAAGAGAUUAGAAUGUUGAUGAUAGAGUUGGAUCGCUUCCCAGUGAACCUUCCACCUGGAAAAAAUCAUAUUAUUCGCAGAUCGACUGAGUCUUCGGUAACAAUCCCAUCCAAAAAUAUAUUCGAACCAGACGUAAUUCGACAGUCGAUAACUUCCAAAUCAAAUGUCGACUCAUCGUAUUGCUUGUCGGGGUGGCCCGCUCAUCUCUUGAUUCCCAAGGGCACAAAAGAAGGCGCUAAUUUCCUACUUUUUGCCAUGGUUUCGAAAGAUGACCCGGUUGUCGACCCUUCCACUAAGGGUAGUAAUGACGGUACAUAUGGAAAGUGCAGAAGUGCAUCAUCCUACUGUAGUCUGCCGAAGCGUAAAUAUCCCGACAGCAGAAGCAUGGGCUUUCCAUUUGAUCGCCCAGCAGCACUCGAUGUAUUGUCAUUGCAUUCAUAUCUUCAACCAAAUAUGAAGACUUUGGAUGUUACCAUCAAAUUCAGUGACAAGUAAAAGGAUCCAAACCACCCAAACCUGCUGAUAAAUUGAACAAUUAUAAUAUACAGUAUACUAUGGACAACGCAUAAAAUAAUCAAACUUAUUUGUAUACCAUUUUAAACCCUUUUUAUUUAAAGUAAGCAUAAAUACAUAGCAAACAAUACGAACAUCAAAA